UUUUUGCUUUUUCAUUCUAAAAAAAAUGAUUGAGCGAAAGACACUCUCACGAAUCUUUAUCUGGGCCGUCUUCAAAGUUUGAAACAUGUUAUCUGUGCAAUCACCACUCCAAAAAUGAAGUCUUUGCAUUUGAAUUCUCCCACAUUAAUAUCACCAUCUCUCGCAAACACUCCAAAUCCCAAAAUCAGCCGCUCAUUCCCUCAACAUUCCUCACCGCCGGAAAACAUUUUCUCAGACCAACUUCUUUCACUGCGUAGAUGCGUCCAAACCCAAGACCUCAAAACGGGAUCUUCCCUUCACGCCACAAUUCUCAAAUCAGGGCUCGAAGCCGAUGUUUUCAUCGCCAAUUCAUUACUCAACAUGUACUCAAAAUGCGACUGCGUACACCACGCACGCAACGUGUUCGACCAAAUGCCUCACCGAACCGUCGUGUCGUGGACCGCGAUGAUGUCAGCCUAUCACCGCAGCUCGCUCCCCGAUGAAGCGAUGUCGUUGUUUUCGAGGAUGCCGGCGCAUCUCAACCCCAACGAGUUCACACUGGCUGUGCUUCUGCAGGCUUGCGCAUUGAGAGGUGACGUCAAUUUGGUCGAAGCUGUUCAUUCUCACGCGAUUAGAAGCGGCCUCGCAUCGGAUAGCUUCUUGCAGAAUUGCUUAAUCGAUGCGUACGCGAAAGCAGGGAUGCUCACGGCUGCGGAGAAGCUGCUGCUGAGGCUCUGCAGAAGAGAUGUUGUUUCGUGGACUUGUGUCGUCUCCGGUUGUGUGAAAUGUGGCGAGGCCGAGAGGGGGCUGUCGCUGUUUUGCAGGAUGCAGGAAGACGGCGUCGCACCAAGUGAGAUAGCGAUGGUUACUGCAUUGCAAGCCUGCUCUGAAAUUGGGAAUGGCAGAAUCAUGGGGUGGAUUCAUGGAUUGGUGUUGAAAGGGAAUUGGUGGAUGAGUGGUUUGGUGUUGAAUUCGUUGAUUGGAAUGUACUCCACGAAUGGUUACUUCACCGAGGCUAUGGCAGUCUUUCGUCGUUUCUGCUUUGGGAGUGAGGGUCUGCAUCCUAGUCCGGAGACUAUGGCAAGCCUGCUACAUGGUUGUGGAAGGCGUGGAGCAUUAAAGCUAGGGGGAGAGAUUCAUGGAUACUUGAUCAAACACGGGUUUUUGCCUUGUGUCGUUGCUGAGAAUUCGCUAAUGAACGUGUAUGCUGAGCACGGAUAUGUGGACUCUGCGUUGCUCCUGUUUAGGAUGAUGGCAGAGAGAGACGUUAUUUCUUGGAACACGAUCAUCAAAUGCUUCGUGAAGAAUGGUCGGGCUGUUGAUGCAUUGAGACUCCUUCGUGAGAUUCACAGAGAAGGUUGCGUCUCUCCGGAUUUUGUCACGUUGCUUACAUCUCUUGAAGCUUGUUCUGAGCUGGCACGGAUCACAGAAGGUCGGGUUAUUCAUGGCCACCUGACGAAGACAGGGUUGCUCGGUGAUAUCUUCCUCCAAAAUGCUCUGAUAGAUAUGUAUGCAAAGUCGGGAAGGGUGGAUUUCGCGGACUGUGUUUUUGAGGGAAUGCAGGAGACAGACAUUGGCUCGUGGAACUCAAUCAUCGCAGCGUAUGGUGUGAAUGGAGAUGGGGCCUCCGCUGUGAAGGCGUUUGAGAAACUCGAAAGAGAAGGGACCAAGAAACCGAAUGGUAUCACGUUCACUAAUGCUCUAUCAGCGUGUGCCCACGCAGGAUUGGUUGAGGAAGGUUGUGGGAUUUUUCACUCGAUGGAGAAGCGCCAUGGGAUGAACCCGAGCACGGAGCAUUACGCCUGCGUGGUUGAUCUGUUGGGAAGAGCAGGGAGAGUGAAAGAAGCAGAGGCCUUCAUUGAUAAAAUGCCAAUGCUGCCAGGCUCUGAUGUUUGGGGGGCUCUGUUGAGCGCGAGUGUGCUCGUGGGAGACGUGGCAAUGGCUGAGAGGGCAGCGGAGGAGCUCGCGGCUCUGGAACCUUCUAGUAGCAUCUGGAGAGUCGCGUUGGCCAAUGCGUACGCUGCUGCUGGAAAAUGGGAUAGGGUUGCAGAGUUGAGAGGGUUGAGGAAGGAAGGGGGGUGGAGCUGUGUGAAUGUCGAAGGAUUUGAGUUUGAUUUCUUCGCAGGCGACGCGAGGCGUGGAGAGAGUGAGAUGAUCUAUCAAGUUAUAGGGUGGUUGCAGAUUCAUAUGCAAGAUAAUGCAGUAUGUGAUGAGAUCCUUUUCUUAACUUAGAGAAGCAUGCAUCCAUUGAGGCAUAUGUUUUGUAAAGUAGUAGAAGUUUAGUUAAUAGUACAUCUCAGUGCAGAAGCUGUAUAAUGUAAAUUCAUUCAAGAUGUGAGGCACUGUUCAUUUCUUUAUAUGUAAAUUAAUCAUAGCACAAGAGAAUUUAUCAUGUAUGAUCACUUAAGAUUAAUUAGUGCAAAUUUCUGUAUUCAAA